CAGAUUCGUGCGAAAGGAUUCUUUUUUUCCGGUGAAAUCCCAUCCCCAUUUUGACACAAGAGAGCGCACACAUCGCCGGGCGCACCUCCGGGCGCCUCGCCGCUGUGGUAAUCGCAAUUCCCAAUUCUCCACACCCUCCUACGCAGGCCGCCCUCAUCAUCUGCGCCGACCUCCGAAUCCACCACCGUCCUGCUUGCCCCCGGUUCCCAAACCCCAUGAUGAACCUCCCUUCCAGGCUCCGCCAUCUCCGCUGCCUUCUCGGGGCCGCGCCCUUGCCAACCCUUGGCGCCACACACUCCCCCAAUCCAUCCUCCUUCCGACCGCCACACCUCACCAGAAUCCUGCCGCUGCGGUUCCAUCCACCAAUCCUCCCAGCGCGGCGGCUCUUCUCCGAGCACGCCAUCCUCCCCACUCACCUCCAGGACGAGCGCUUCGCCGCGCUUUCGGAUAGCAUCUAUGAUGCCGUCAUUAAGACGGAGGCGGAAUCCAGCGAGGGCACGGAGGCCGCUCUCGACGCGUUGGGCGCCGAGCUGACUACCCCGCUCGUCGCCGACGUGCUGCACCGCCUCCGCUACGAGGAGAAGCUGGCGUUCCGGUUCUUCGCUUGGGCGUCGCACCAGGAUGGGUACAGCCACGAACCGGCCACUUACAACGACAUCAUCGACAUCCUCUCCGGCACGCGGUACAAGAGCCGCCAGUUCGGUGUCCUCUGCGAUGUGCUCGACCACAUGAAGCGCCACGGCACGAGGUCGGUGCCGGUUGAGGACCUGCUGGCGAUCCUGCGCGCCUACACGGAGAAGCACCUCACGCACAUGAGGAAGCUGGCCAAGAAGCGGCGGGUUCGGAUGCGUACGCCGCCAGAGACCGACGCGCUCAACGUGCUGCUGGACGCGUUCUGCAAGUGUGGGAUGGUCAAGGAGGCAGAGGCGGUGUUCGGCCGCGUGAAGAGGAGGUUGCUGGGUAAUGCCGAGACAUACAGUAUCCUGUUCUUCGGGUGGUGCCGAGCGAGGGACCCCAAGAAGGCCAUGAAGGUGCUCGAGGAAAUGAUUCAAAUGAAGUACAACCCGGAGAGUUUCACCUACAUUGCAGCCAUCGAUUCGUUUUGCAGUGCUGGAUUGGUGUCAGAGGCAAGGGAGUUGUUUGAGUUCAUGAGGACUGAGGGAUCAAUGAUAUCGUCACCCACAGCCAAGACGUAUUCGAUUAUGAUUGUUGCACUAGCAAAGGCUGAUCGGAUGGAUGAGUGUUUUGAACUGAUUUCGGAUAUGAGAAGUUGUGGGUGUAUGCCUGAUGUAUCGACUUAUAAAGAUUUGAUUGAAGGGAUGUGCUUGGUGGGUAAACUGGAUGCUGCCUAUCGUGUGUUGGAGGAGAUGGGGAAGGCUGGAUUUCCUCCAGACAUUGUCACCUACAAUUGCUUUCUUAAGGUUCUUUGCAGUCUUCGAAAGGCUGAUGAUGCACUUGAACUUUGCGAGAGAAUGAUAGAGGCGCAUUGUGAGCCCAGUGUUCAUACCUAUAAUAUGCUGAUGGUGAUGUUCUUUGAGAUGGGAGAGGCACAUAGAGCAUUAGAUAUCUGGCAUGAGAUGGACAGACGAGGAUGUAAACGUGCUAUUGAUACCUAUGAAAUAAUGAUUGAUGGUCUGUUUGAUUGCGGAAGAACAGAAGAUGCAAGUGCUCUUCUAGAUGAGGUUAUAAACCGUGACAUGAAACUUUCAUACAAGAAGUUCGAUGCUAUAAUGCUGCGGUUAUCAGCUGUAGGUGACCUUGGUGCGAUACAUCGAUUGUCUGAGCAUAUGAGGAGAUUUUACAAUGUUGCGAUGUCAAGACGAUUUGCAAUCACUCAGAAGAAGAAGAGCAUAGGCCAGAGAAGGAAAUGAGUACCGUUACUACAGAUGCUGUGGUUUCUUGUUACUGUGGAUAAUCAGGAGCUUAUUCAAAGGGUGGUUGAUGUAUGCCAGCACACAUUGUUGGAGCAAUCUGGAGUGCAAGAAGCACUGCAUGAACUCAUUCAUUUGUUGAAUUGAACCACGGCUGUGAGUAUCAUUGCAUUUGAAUUUAGAUAACAUGUACAAGGUAACCCCCAACCCCACCCUUUUUGUCGCUACAUGCACAAUACACCGAUCCACUAGUGCUGGAAAUAUUAUCUGCACUCUUAUUUUGUUUGAAUCCUGUGAAGCAGGCCUCUUUUAUGGCCUUCUUGUUCAUGUGGGACCCUUUUGUUCCUUAUUACGAUCAAACGAAACAUGUACUGUAUAAGCCUAAUUCCUGCAUUAAACAUGUGACCUGCACCAAAUUCCUCAACUCUUGUCUACAUGUUUCUCAAUAUCAAUUUUUUGGGUUAUUUCAAAACUCAGCUGCUCCAGGAAACAUUUUACUGAUAGCUUGUUACAAGUUUGUUUUCCCUAAAAUGGGACGGAGUUGCACCCUUUCCUCUAUUAGUAGUGUGAUUGUAUGUAGAGGGUGACAAUGACUGAAAUUUGGUCGUUUUGGCUAGUGUCCAAAGUUGAAACCUAACUGUAGUAUAUUUAGUGUGUGCACUGAAGCUGCAUCAUAAUUGUGAUGCUAAUUGUGGCUACAGAUGCUAAACUAGUAAAUAAAAAUAUGCACUCUAGCAAUCACAAAAGAGAAAAGUGAAACAAACAAACGACUUUAGUGCUGACCAAGAAAUUUGGUAGACCUCUAAUAUCAGUAUAACUGAACCAAGAUUCGACCACUGGUGCGAGUAGAUAGAUGGACUAAUGGUUUGGUAAUGUAUCAGCUAUCGGGUAACUAGCAUUAAGGUUCAUCAGGCUUAACUUAAUGUUCAGGCUUGUACCUCCGUACUUGCAGGAAACGGCUACUGGUUAUCUACAACAUAUCGUGCCAAAAGCCAAAGGCUUAUGACCAGCGUGUCUCUCUGGUUCUUGUUCAGUUGCUGUACCAAGCAAUCAAGGACUCAAGGCUCUGAGCCUGUGAGCUAGACUUGCUGCACAGCCUUUCUCCAGCUGAGAACCUGGAACGCACCGUGCCAAGAAACCCUGGAAUUGAUAACUGUCCAUCGGGUCUUUUCACAAAAGAACCUCCGGUCCCAUCCAUCGGAUGCCUUCAAGCGAGCGCAGGUGAAGUUCUCUGAAGUCGAGACCUUGCGGGGGUCCGGCCGAGUGCUUCGGGUGUCGCGAUGUUUCAGGAGUCCCGAGGUUAAAAUAUGGCCGUGGGCUGUGGCUCUGACGGAAAAGAUAUCUCCGGUUUCCCGUCCGGCCGCCCCUGCCCCUUGCCGUGCGUGAUUCUCCGAGCCAAGCAGCUGUCUGACGCUUCAGUCUGUGAAAUCUGCAUCUCUUUUAUUUUUCCUUUUGGCUACCUCUAUUCUCGCAGAGGAAUCUGUAUGCAGUAACCACAUGUGGAAAGAAUAGGAACCAAAACAUGCCAUUUUUUUUUCCUUGAACGCUAAAAUUCCCUA